CCCAGGAGCUACCCGACCAGGUGAGCGGAGCGCCCCGCCAAGCACCCACGGGCUGGCCCGGCCCGGCGCAGCGGGGAGCGACCGGCGUCUGCGCUGAAGUGGAACGGUAGCUCACACUCGAUGGAUCCCAGACCCGCUCAGAACUGAGGCGCUCAGGUGACUUUUGAAGUCAAGGAUCUUGGAGUGGCGUUUCCUCCCAUAGCAUGGGGCUUUCAUUCCUGGUUUGCCUCUCUCUGGGGUUCAUGCUCACCGGAGUUUCUUUCAGCACUUGGCAGUGCCCGCGGAUUCCCUAUAGCACUACCAGGGACUUCACUGUCAAGUAUGAGCUGCCUAGCUUCACCGCGGAUGGCCCCAUCCAGAACAUUGUCACCUACAAGGAUCCGAGCGGAGCAGCCGCCCUCUUUGUGGCGGUGCGGAACAAGAUCUACGUGGUGAACCCGGCACUGGCAAACUCAUCAAUCAUCGUGACUGGCCCUGUGGGCAGUGCCCGGUGCGAGAUCUGUGCCCAGUGCCAGGAGCCGGGAGACGGCCGGAAGCUUGAAGACACAGAUAAUGUGGUUCUGGUGAUGGACCCAUCUGAGCCAUGGUUAUACAGCUGUGGCACUUCCCAGCAUGGCCGGUGCUUCCAGCACGAAUUGGAAAUCCAAGAUAGCCUGGUGGUGGUUAGUGCCACCUACUGUUUGUAUGCAGCUCAGAACAGUCCUGAUGAGUGCCCAGACUGCGUGGCCAGCCCCCUGGGGACGAGGGUCCUGGUGACUGAAACCAGCCGUGUUUCUUACUUCUACAUUGUCUCUACCAUCAAUAGUAGCAUAGCUGCAAGGUACAGCCCGAAAUCUGUGUCUAUCCGGAGACCGAAGGCCACUUUGGAUGGGUUCUCCUGUGUUUCCGAUUCCCUCAACGUGCUUCCAGAGUUCCAGGACUCCUACCCCAUUGAUUACGUGUAUUCCUUCAGUGCCCAGGACUUUGUGUACUUCCUGACUGUCCAAAAGGAGAGCCCCACAUCCAGAUCAUACCACACGCGGCUGGUGCGGCUGACAGCCAAGGAGCACAACAUGAAUCGGUACCGCGAACUGGUCCUGGAUUGCCGCUUCGAGUCCAAGCGCAGACGGAGGCGGAGCUCGGACGGGGAGCACAAGCACGAUGUGGCUUUCAACGUGCUGCAGGCAGCCCAUGUGGCCCGGCCAGGCCCAAAGCUGGCCCAGGAAAUCAGCGUCAACGAAACCGACCUGGUCCUGUUCGGUGCGUUCGCUGAGAGUGAGGCAGAGAGCUCCAUGCCUCGCUGGUACUCGGCUGUGUGCGCCUUCCCCGUGCACCAGAUCAACCAGGCCAUCGAGGAUGGGAUGUCCAAGUGCUGUGGCGUUGCCCAGCGUGAGCUGCUGCGAGGGCUCAGCUUCUUCCAGGCUGUUGAGUACUGCCCCCACAACGUGAACCUCUCAUCUCCGGUGGUGGAUACCAGCUGCUGGAACAAGCCCACCCUGGUCACCACUGCCCCCUACAAGGUGGAUCUGUUCAAUGGGCACAUGGCCGGAGUCCUGCUCACCUCCAUCUUUGUGAUGGCCCAGGGCAAUGUGACGGUCGCCCACCUGGGCACGGCGGAGGGGCGCAUCAUGCAGGUGGUGCUUCAGCGAUCCAGUUCCUACACCGUCACCUUGGCCAAUUUCUCCCUGGGCAAGGAGCUGCCGGUGCUGCGGGAGGUUGGCCUGCUGCAGGACUCUCUGCUCUUUGCCACCGGAAACAAGGUGUCUCAAGUCGCCAUCACCGGCCCAGGCUGCCGCCACUUCCUGACAUGCCAGCGCUGCCUGCGGGCGGAGCGCUUCAUGCGGUGCGGCUGGUGUGGGGGCGUGUGCACUCGGCAGGAGGACUGUGCGGCACUAUGGACUGAGAAGAGCUGCCCUCCCAUUCUCACUGACCCCCACCGAGAUUCGCUGCACCAGCCCUGCAGCCAGCAACCUGCAUGCUGUUCCUGUGGCCCUGUGGAUAGAUGGGGAGCAGUUCCCCGCCCCGGAGCCAUUCCAGUACCGCCCAGACCCCGUCCUCCACGACAUCUCCCCCAACUGCACCUACGAGGGUUCGGCCCUCACCAUCCAUGGCACCAGCCUGGACUCCGUAUAUUACCCCAGAAUCCAAUUUGUGGACGCCAGCAUGGCGACGGAGGCCAAGGUGUGUGCGGGGCCGCGCUCUCCCGAGCAGCUGGUGUGCCAGAGCCCAGCCUACCCCUUCGCUAACAGGGUGGAGAGCGCCCAUGGCAAUCUGACCGUGCUGCUCGACGGCUCCCCCAGGCACAGGGCUUUCCACCUGCGCUACUACCCCACGCCUCAGAUCCUGCCCUUUGAGCCCGACAACACGUACCACCUCAAGUCUGGUGACGACGAGAUUGAGAUCCACCAAAUCGGGUUGGAUGCGCUGGUGGGCUGCAUGAGCAUCACCGUGACUGUGGCGGGCCAGGACUGCCACCCCAGCGUGCUGAAGAAUGAGGUGACCUGCCGGAUCCCCAGGAACCUUAGCCUCCCCGUGGAUGGAGUCCCUGUGCAGAUCUGUGUGAAUGGCGCGUGCCAGCACCUGGGCUUGGUGGUGGCCACUGUCUCCCCAGACCCCCUGACUGGCAUCCUCCUGGGCAUUAUCACCAUCUUCGUGUUCGGCUGCCUCCUGGCGUUCCUGGUGGUGAAAUGCAGACGCAGGAAGGAGAUGGGGACCGAGAAUUUGGAGAUGCUGGUGAAUCCCAAUGGGAAUGCCCCCAGCUUUGCCCUGCUCCCCUCCUUCAUGGACUACCGGGAUGUGCAGGCAGCCACUCCCAGCGGUGGCUUUGCCAGCAGGCGCUUCCGAGAUGCCUCCUACGUGGGCAGUAGCAACAGCUCUGCCAUGCCACUUGUGAGGAUGCCGUCCUGUUGCAUCGAAAACCUCCGUCCCGAGCUGCUGGAGGAGGUGAAGGACAUCCUGAUCCCAGAGGAGCGGCUGCUAACACACUGGGACCGGGUCAUCGGCAAAGGGCAUUUCGGGAGCGUGUACCACGGCACGUACAGAGAUCUGUCAGAGAGGGAGAUCCACUGCGCCGUCAAAUCCCUGAACCGGAUCACUGACGUGGAGGAGGUGGAGGAGUUCCUGAAGGAGGGGAUUCUCAUGAAGAGCUUCCAUCACCCCCACGUCCUGUCGCUGGUGGGUGUCUGCCUGCCACGCCAGGGAUUGCCCCUGGUUGUGCUGCCCUACAUGAAGCAUGGAGACCUCCGGCACUUCAUCCGCUCCAAGGAACGGAACCCGACGGUGAAGGACCUGAUAGGCUUCGGGCUGCAGGUGGCGCAGGGCAUGGACUAUCUGGCCCACAUGAAAUUUGUGCACAGGGACCUGGCCGCCAGGAACUGCAUGUUGGACCAGACGUUCAUGGUGAAGGUGGCGGAUUUCGGCCUGGCCCGGGACGUCUUUGAUAGGGAGUAUUACAGUAUCCGGCAGCACCGCCAGGCCAAGCUGCCCGUCAAGUGGAUGGCACUCGAGAGCCUGCAGAUCCAGAAAUUCACCACCAAGUCGGACGUAUGGUCCUUCGGAGUCCUCCUGUGGGAGCUGCUGACACGUGGGGCCCCACCGUACCCUGAGGUGGAUCCCUACGACAUAACGCACUACCUGCUGAGUGGCCGGCGUCUGCCGCAGCCUGAGUACUGCCCGGACUCGCUGUACGCGGUGAUGCUGAGCUGCUGGGCUUCGAGCCCCGAGGAGCGCCCCACCUUCUCCGCCCUGAUUGGGGAGGUGGAGUGCAUCAUGGCCUCCCUGAAGGGCGAGCACUACAUUAACCUGAGCGUCACCUAUGUCAACCUGGAGCCUGGCCUGUCCAGCCCGUCAGUGCCGGGCUCCGAGGACGAGCUGGCCUCUAGCGGGGAGGAGGGUGAAGCAGCUGCCGUGUGCUAGGGGGCGCUCUCCACCCGCGUGGCACCAGGAACGCAGUCAGAGCUGGCCAGGGAGACCUGGGCUGGGCAGCACACCAGGGGGCUGUGGCGACAUGAUGUGAGGAGGCGCCAGCGCCCAGCUGGGCUCCCAUUGGCACUGCCUGGCACUGGACAGGGAUGCUGACCACUACCUGAUAUUCUACCUGAUAUUUAUUGUGUAGCGAAGAGACACAGCAACUAUUUUAAUACAAAGGAAAUGUCAAAACCAA